AUGGCGCCCUUGAUAAUUUACGGCGCAACAGGAUACACUGGCCAAAUGGCCAGUGAGAAUGCAAAGGCGCUCAAUCUGGACUUUUCGAUUGCAGGCAGAACAAACGACAAGCUUCAGAGCCUGGCAUCUUCACUGGAUGUCCCUUACUCUGUUCUUGACGUGAACAACCAUGGUCUAAUCGACUCAGCAUUAAAAGAUGCUUCCGUUCUCCUCAACUGCGCCGGCCCUUUUAUACGCACCGCCAAACCUCUCAUGGAAGCAUGUAUCAGAAAUAAAGUGCAUUACCUCGAUGUCUCCGCCGAGCUGGGCAGCUACCAACAAGCAUACAAAUUGGACGAAGACGCAAGGAAUGCCCAUGUCAUGCUUCUCCCGGGCUGCGGUGGGAGCGUCGCAAUGUUAGGCUGUUUGGCGGGGCAUGCUGUCGAAAUCGAGCCUACCAAGAGCCCUACCAACAUCGACAUCGCUUUGCACGUUGCCGGAGCCAUGUCUCGUGGGUCUGCAAUCAGUGCAGCCGGGACAAUCACAGAGGAAUGCCUGCAGGUGGUCAAUAACUCACUCGCCCAAAAGGACCCGGGCGAAGCCAAGGAGUUCAAUUUCUACGAUGGCAACGGAUAUGUCGCGUCAUUUCCCGUGGCAUUACCCGAUCUUUUUACCCUGCAGAUAUCUACGAAUGCGCCAAAUAUCAGAACUUAUGUUCAUACCAGCGGUGAUAGCUUCCCAACUGGGGAUCUUCAGUCAUUGCCUCGUGGCCCGACGGACGCCCAGAGGAAGGCCUCGCCGUAUAGUGCGGCAGUCACUGUCACUUUCCAAGAUGGAACUUCUCGGACGGCCGUCCUGCACACAGUCAACGGAUAUACAUUCACAGGGAUGGCGGCCGUAGAGGCUGCAAAGCGAGUCCUAGAUCAUCAGGUCAAGGCCGGCUUUCAAACGCCUGUUCAGGUAUUUGGCAAGGAGUUUAUUCAUUCUGUCCCGGGGUCAGAGAUUAAAAAAGUGCAUCUUGAAUGA